AUGGAGCCGCUGGCAGAUCCCCUGAACGACCGCGUGGUCACCUCCGAAUUGCGAAGUCAUCUGCAGCGAGAAGGACGCCUGAGCAAGGAGGACUGUCUCGAACUCGUCAAAAACGUGACUGAGAUCACAUCAAACGAGCCGAACCUUCUUCGGCUGAACGACCCUAUCACUGUUGUGGGAGAUAUCCACGGCCAGUUCUACGACCUUCUCAAGCUCCUCGACGUCGGCGGCGAUCCAGAUACCACACAAUACCUCUUCCUCGGCGACUAUGUCGAUCGGGGUUCCUUCUCCAUCGAAGUUCUUCUGCUGCUCUACGCCAUCAAAUUGAACCACCCAACGCGAGUUUGGCUGCUGAGGGGGAACCACGAAUGCCGGCAAAUGACGUCUUUCUUCAACUUCCGAGAUGAAUGCGAAUGCAAAUAUGACAUGACCGUAUAUUUCGCCUUCAUGGAGGCAUUUGAUUCUCUUCCCCUCGCUGCGGUCAUCAACGGGAAGUUUCUCGCCUUGCACGGCGGUCUCAGUCCAGAACUGAAAGUUCUGAGCCAAAUCGGAGGAGUCAAUCGCUUCCAGGAGCCUCCGCGCGGCGGUCUCUUCUGUGACCUUCUCUGGGCGGAUCCUCUCGACGAGGCGAAGGACGACGUCGGCCAAAGCCCAGAAGACAGCUUCACGCCGAACGACGUGCGGGGCUGCAGCUUCUUCUUCGGCUACGCUGCGGCUAGCAAGUUUCUCGACCGAAACGGUCUCCUCUCCGUGCUCCGUGCGCACGAGGCACAGCUGGAGGGCUACAAAAUGCACCAGACGAACCAGAAGACAGGAUUCCCCACGGUCAUCACCAUCUUCUCGGCACCGAAUUACUGCGACGUGUACAACAACAAAGGAGCGGUGCUAAAAUUCGAGAACAACACUCUCAACAUUCAGCAGUUCAACUUCAGCCCGCAUCCGUAUCACCUGCCAAACUUCAUGGAUGUCUUCACCUGGUCGAUACCCUUUGUCUCCGAGAAAGUAACCGAAAUGCUGUACGGGAUUUUGAAUCCUUCCGUUGACGACGAUGAGGAUGACGAAGAUGUGGACGAUGUGGAACUCCCCCCCGCGGUCCUGAGCAUCCUGAAGACGCACCUGCCUGCAGAUGAAGCAUCCGGCCAACGCCAUCCUCCCACAGGGGAUAGCCGCAUGUCGAAGGAACGCGCGGACGCCCUACGGAAGAAAGUCCAGUCCGUUGGUAGGCUCAUGCGCGUCUUCAAAACCCUCAGACAAGAGAACGAACUGAUCGUGCGGCUGAAGGGGUGCACGCCUGGCCACCGCAUUCCAGUCGGGCUUCUCCUGCAAGGGCGUGAAGGCAUUGCCAAUGAGCUGGAUAAAUUCGAGAAUGCCAAGCAGAUUGAUUUGAUGAACGAACGGAGACCGGACGGCGGAUCGAGCUCGCACUAG